AUGUCCAAAGCCAACCAACAACCAAUUAGCCUGAAUAAAUUCCUAUUGCAGGCGGACAUUUUGGCCAAGUCCAUUGGUCUAAUACCCUACAGCGAGGGCCCAGCUUCGCCUUGGUAUGAAUUGCUCAUGAGGGUGGUCUUCAUCAUCAAUAUGGUGAACAUGAACUUUGUGCUGGUAUCGGAGAUUAUGUUCGUUCUGAUAGCCAUGAAAAAUGGCAACAACUUUGUGGAGGCCACCAUGAAUCUCUCGUACAUAGGUUUUGUGUUUGUGGGCGAAAUCAAAAUUGCCAGUGUGCUGAGAAAGAAACAACUGCUGAGCGUUCUAAUGCAGGAAAUUCGCCACAUUUACCCCAAGGAAGUGGAAAUGCAGAAAACCUACCGUGUCCGGGAAUAUGUCUAUCGUUUCAAUCUGAUCAGUUUGGGCUUUGUGGUGGUCCAUGAGAUUUUGAUAUGGUUCUACAAUCUCUACAUAGCAGUGAGCUAUCUGAUCUAUGAACGUUGGUUGGGUUGGCACCAAGUUCCCCUCGGGUUGCCCUAUUUCUGUUGGGUGCCCUGGGAGUGGAGGGGUCAUUGGUCCUAUUAUGUCAUGUAUGUCUCACAGAAUCUGGCUGGGCAUACCUGCAUGUCCGGCCAGUUGGCCAACGAUUUACUGUUAUGUGUGGUGGCCACACAGAUUAUAAUGCAUUUUGAAUAUUUGGCUGAACGUUUGAAAGAAUACCAGCCCAAGGGUGCGUAUCAAGAGGAUUUGCAAUUUCUGGCAAGAUCCAUAAAAUAUCAUCAGGCUAUAUUACAUUUAUCUACCCUAAUGAAUGAAGUCUUUGGUGUUAGCCUGCUGGUUAAUUUCAUUUCAUCCUCGUUCAUUAUGUGUUUCUUGGGCUUUCAAAUGACCAUUGGCGUUCAACUCGAUACACUGGUGAUGUUGUUCAUGUUCCUCUUCUGUUCCUUGGUACAGAUUCUUAUGAUUUGCAAUUAUGGCCAGGAGUUGAUAGUAAAGAGUGAAAGCAUAGGCUAUGCUGUUUACUCCCAGAAUUGGUUGCAGAGUGAUUUGCGCUAUCGCAAAAUGCUGAUAGCCAUAAUUGGACGUUCCCAGAGACCGACCAUCUUAAAGGCUACAACUUUGUUGAAAGUUUCAAUGGGCACCAUGACCGAUCUUAUGCAGCUGUCGUAUAAAUUUUUCGCAUUAUUACGCACCAUGUACGCAAAAUAA